AUGCGUGGGCGACGCGGUCUCGCUCGUCCGUCGCCUGGUUCUCCUGAACCCCCUUUGCAUCGUCUCCGAGAGCCAUCUCAACUCAUCGGUAAGCUCCCGCAUUCGCCGUCAAAGUCUGCAGCUAUUCUUAUUUUGUACACGAAUAUCUCGGACAUCCACCACCCAUCCAAACGCUUACGAUCUCCAUGGAUUCAGUUCGGCUUAUCGACCCUAUCGAGCAUCGCAAUGGACCCGAUAAUCCGUCCGGCGACGUUCACCGUACCACUAUCUCCCGCCACUGCCCAGCAUAAAUUCCAUUCUCAGACGCAGCCGGACAAAGAGAACAGAAGCGAUGCGCAACUGACCCAUCUGGAGGCAGCGUUGAAACGGUCUAUCACGAUCGUGUUUUGGUAUAAAUCUGACUGUGCUCCUAUUCGCCUGCACGAAGAGGUUUCCACCUUUCCAUUAUUCCAGCUUUCACAAUGUGCGCAGCUUGUGGCUGACCUCGGCAUAUCCCCUUCCUCGUACGUGGAUAUAUACAAUCCGCAUGCCUGUACUUGGGAGCAACAGAUGAUUUCUGCAGUUUGUGUCGUAGAGAGCGAGCAACGGUUGUUAUUCCGCAUGCGACAGAGCUUACUAGAUGGUUUGGGCGAUGCUGAAUGUCCUGGUCUCAGUGAAGAGGUGUCCAUGCAGACCCAUCACUCGGUGAAGCAAGCAUCAUCCAAGAACGGAAGAAAACGAGGGGCUCCCGCUUCCUUCGAUGACCGGAUAUCUGCCAAGAAGCAUGCUCGAACGGACGCGUUUCCUCAAUCCCAGCCUUGGACGGAAAUUGGCGAGUAUCACGCCGCCGGAGCGCAGACGUUUCCUCUCCCAUCACCUACCUCUGUGUCUGGCGCGACUGCCCCGGAGAUCUCAUGUUCCACUAGCGGGCCUCAACCCUAUGUUCCACAAAAUCAAUUUGUCAACUUCACACCACCAAUGCCCGUCGCGCCAUCGUCGCCAUCUCCUGCCCUCCCGUCCGGCCCUCUGCUAAAGAAAUGGCCCAACGAUUAUACAGUGUACGAACUGUCCAUGGGUUUCCGACAAAUGGACAUGUUGAUUGCCCAGCAGCCGUCGCUAACUCAGCGUUCUGCGUUUGAACGUGUGUUCGGGUGCCGAUACGUCAAGUCGACAGUGUGCCGUCAUCGGGGCGUGUGGCGGCGCGCAGAGAAGGAGCUCCGCGAGACAUAUGAGCAGAUGGGCACGGACGAGCGGGCGGUGUGGACGGAGUUUUUGAAGCGCAUUGAGGGCGGUACAGGCCGGUCGGAUGUGAAUGGGAAGAGCAAAACGAGACAGGCACCGUUGGCAGGAGAGAUGACAGUGGUGAUGGCGCCGCAGAUGGUACAGAUGGGUCUUGUCCCUUCGGAAGGGGUGGUCGCGCGAGAAAAGGCGCCAGUUAUGGGCUCGCUGGGGACACCUCCCCCGGAUCUGGACGAGAAUACAUUACAAGAAAUACGCCGUGAAGGCUCGGCGUAUGAAGAGAGCAGCGUUGCUUCUAGUUCGGCCGAUUAUCAGAAAGCGCCUCCACAUCCAAGAGACACAGCAUUAGUAAUGGAGACAGCGUUGCAGUGA